AUGGCUGACGAAUCCAACUUUGUGAUCAGUGAAAACUUGCAAUUUGCACCUCUACGAAGUCUCGAUGAGUUCCUUUUGGACAAAGCCAGGUUUCAGGUAAGGGUUUGGCAAUUUGGUCAAUUUUCGUUGUGUUUUAGGAUUUUUUACAUUAGGUAUCUAGUGCAAUAUAAUUUUGGCUCAAAACUAUAAAUUUAUACCGAAUUUUUUGCAGCUUCCUACUUUCAACGACUUGAAGAAAUGGAACAACAGAAUUGUUACCAACCUGUUGUACUAUCAAAGCAAUUACUUCGUGUUUCUUGCAAUUACUUUGGUUUUGGGAAGCUUCAUCCAUGCGCAAGACGUCAUGACCGGUGUGGCCGCCCUUGGGCUUCUGGGAUUUAUUGGACUCUUCUCUGUUGCUAAAACCCCGAGUGCAGUGAAUGUGAGUCGCUUUUUUCUUUGUGUUUCUUAUGUUUAGGUAACAUCAAGUGUCUAGUGCAAUAUAGAGGUGAAAACCUCUUGUAAUUGUGCGAAUUUUGCUCUAAGAACAAAGACUAGGUUAUAAGGAAACCUUUCACAUUGAAAUCAGCAAUAUUUGCUUUCAGUUCCGACAAGAGCACCCGUAUGUUGUACUUGCUAGUCUUCUGACCGUCGGAUUCUUCAAUAUCUAUGUCCUCCCGGCCAUUGUGGUCCUCCUCUUCAUCGUCCUGGUUCCACUGCUCUUGGUCUUUGUCCAUGCUUCCAUCAGACUGCGGAAUUUCGGUUCAAAAUGGAACUACGCCGUCGAGAAGUUGCAAUUCCGUCGGACUUUGAUGUCGCAGAUCUUGGACGCCAUCAAUUUGGACGUAAAAUCCGAAUAG